GUCUUCUGGUCAAGUUAAUGUUGGGGAUGUCUGUGCGUCCAACACCAGCCGGACAGUCACCAUCCCUGCAGGAGAGAAUCAGAUCAACCAGAUUGCGCUCAACCCCAAUGGCACAGUCCUGUACGCUGCUGCUGGAAACUCUGUCAGGGUCUGGGACCUGAGAAGGUUUGCCUCUACUGGAAAGCUUACUGGUCACCUUGGUCCAGUUAUGUGCUUGACUGUGGAUCAGUCUGGAAACAGCCAAGACCUGGUUAUCACUGGCUCCAAGGACCAUUACAUUAAGUUGUUUGACGUGACUGAAGGCUCUCUGGGAAGCAUCAGCCCUACACACAACUUUGAACCACCACAUUAUGACGGUAUCGAGUCUCUGGUAAUCCAAGGGGACAUUUUCUUCAGCGGCUCCCGAGACAAUGGCAUCAAAAAGUGGGACCUAGACCGUAAAGACCUACUGCAGCAAGUCCCAAAUGCUCACCGUGACUGGGUUUGUGCACUUGGUGUCGUCCCUGGAUCACCAGCCUUGCUGAGUGGAUGCAGAGGCGGGGUGCUCAAGCUGUGGCACACAGACACUCUAGGGACACUGGGGGAGCUCAAGGGUCACGAGAGCCCCAUCAACAGCAUUUCUGCCAACAGCAGCCACCUGUUCACCGCCUCCGAGUGAGUUUUCCACACACUGACACACAUGCUUAGGCUCUCUGUUUGUCUCCAGAGAGGGAGACAUACAACUGUUUGUUUUUGUCUCUCUGGAUAUGAGGGAAAACAACUUCACCUGAGGCUCAUAUACACAUGGGUAACAAAUUAAAGUAAAAACAUGAGCAUUGACCCUGUGGUGAGUGGGUUCCAUUGGGUCUGUUACGCUGCGAGCGACAUUCUGCCAGCAUAGUUUAGAUCCACUUGUCCUUAUAAAGCAGGGUUUCCCAGAGUUUUGAUGACUGAGUGACAGUUUAGGGAGUGAGAUGGA